GUUAGCGUCUCAGUCGGUGUCGAACUGCCGAGCUGAGUGGAUCGAGGAGGUGAAAGCACGUUGUAGCCGCCACUCUCGGGGUUAGUCGCGCGGGUGCGUGUGCGCGGGGGCGUAUCUUGACGGAAAGCGUAAAGGGAGCAGAACAGACGUAAGAUGAGCGGGAUGCUGAAGCUAUCGGCGUCGUUGCUGCCGCGAGGUCUGCCCGGAGCAGCGAUAUUGAACAAACUGGGGCUGCCGCUUCUCAGCAACCGCAAGCUGCAUCACACUCCGGAUGGCCGUGCGGCCAAAACCUCCGACGCGAUUUCGAAGCAGUAUCCAUUGGUGGAUCACACGUACGACGCCGUGGUGGUGGGAGCCGGUGGUGCCGGUCUUCGCGCAGCUUACGGCCUGGUGGCCGAAGGCUUCAAAACCGCAGUGAUCACCAAGCUAUUCCCGACAAGGUCGCACACAGUCGCCGCCCAGGGUGGCAUCAACGCUGCCUUGGGCAACAUGGAGGACGACAAUUGGCAAUGGCACAUGUACGACACCGUCAAGGGCUCGGACUGGCUGGGAGACCAGGACGCUAUUCAUUACAUGACUCGCGAGGCCCCGAAAGCCGUUAUCGAGUUGGAGAACUGCGGCAUGCCUUUCAGCCGAACCGGCGACGGCAAAAUCUAUCAACGUGCCUUCGGCGGUCAGUCGCUCAAAUUCGGCAAGGGCGGCCAGGCUCACAGAUGCUGUUGUGUAGCCGACAGAACUGGCCACUCUCUGCUGCACACACUCUACGGCCAGUCGCUGAGUUACGAUUGCAAUUAUUUUGUCGAAUAUUUCGCGCUUGACUUGUUGAUGGAAGACGGUGAAUGUCGCGGUGUAAUCGCACUUUGUUUGGAAGACGGGACUUUGCAUCGCUUCCACGCUAAAAACACUGUGCUCGCCACUGGUGGCUACGGACGUGCUUACUUUUCCUGUACGUCCGCACAUACCUGCACCGGAGACGGCACUGCCAUGGUCUCCAGGGCCAAUUUGCCUAAUCAGGACCUAGAGUUUGUACAAUUCCACCCUACAGGUAUCUACGGCGCCGGAUGUCUGAUCACAGAAGGCAGCCGCGGCGAAGGCGGUUAUCUGAUAAACAGCGAGGGGGAAAGAUUCAUGGAACGUUACGCGCCGGUAGCGAAGGACCUGGCGUCACGAGACGUGGUGUCUAGAUCCAUGACAAUGGAGAUCAGAGAGGGAAGAGGCGUCGGAGCGGAGAAGGAUCACAUUUACUUGCAACUGCACCACCUGCCGCCUGAACAGCUGGCAGCUCGACUGCCGGGAAUUUCCGAGACGGCGAUGAUAUUCGCGGGUGUCGACGUAACCCGGGAACCCAUUCCCGUUAUACCCACUGUCCAUUACAAUAUGGGGGGCGUACCAACAAACUAUAAGGGUCAAGUGUUGACUAAGGAGAACAAUCAGGACAAAGUGGUGCCCGGAUUAUACGCGUGCGGUGAGGCAGCUUGCGCGUCCGUUCACGGUGCCAAUCGACUGGGUGCCAACUCCUUGUUGGAUCUAGUAGUAUUCGGACGUGCGUGCGCUAAAACCAUCGCCCAGGAAAACAAGCCUGGCGAAAAGAUUGGCUCUUUGAGGCCUAACGCUGGCGAGGAGACGGUAGCCAAUUUAGACUGGGUCAGAAACGCCAACGGGUCCGUUUCCACCGCGGAUUUGCGGCUGACGAUGCAGAAAACCAUGCAAACGCACGCAGCGGUUUUCAGAGAGGCCGAGACUUUGCAGGAAGGCUGUCGGAAGAUGACCGACCUUUACAAGAAGCUCGAUGAACUGAAAGUCGCGGACAGGUCUCUAAUAUGGAAUUCCGAUCUGAUAGAGACGCUUGAGCUACAAAAUCUUAUGGUCAACGCGAUGCAGACCAUCGUGGGGGCGGAGAACAGAAAGGAGAGUCGCGGCGCGCACGCUCGCGAAGAUUACAAGGACAGAAUCGACGAAUACGAUUACAGUAAACCGAUCGACAACCAGCAGGCGAAACCGAUAGAACAACAUUGGAGGAAACACACGCUGUCAAAAAUCAAUUUGAGAACGGGAGAGGUAUCUCUGGACUACAGGCCAGUAAUUGACGUUACACUCAAUCAGCAGGAAUGCGCGACAGUACCGCCGGCGAUUCGUUCCUACUAGGCUAUUCUUUAAACGAAAAUAUUGAACUACAUCAUCCUAGAAUUUUCAUCAAUCGCCAUCGAAUUUCUGUUUCUGCGCGAUCAGAAUCUGAUAAUUUAGAUCGUGGUAACAUAAUGAAAUCGUCGCUACGACGAUCUUCGCGUUACUACUUCUACUAUGAUUAUACAGCGAAUUUAUUAAUUUAUUUCACACACAUACACAUAUACACGAACUUCAUCGUGCACCAAAGUUGAUUCUUGUCAUCGCUUGCGCCGAGUUGCGAGCAGGAUUAGUGGUCCUUGUAGGACACCGGUGCUGAGAUUAUUGUCAUCUCGUCUUCGCGGAAAAGUUCUUACACGAUCUCGUCCAGCGGAUCUCGGUGCUUUCAGUUCAGCGUGAGGUAAUAGUCGAAACUAGAACAAAUUGCAGUAAUAGAAGAAGUUCGGAUAUGAAAUAUUGAUCUUUUGAGGAAGGGAGUUCUCUCUCUUGUGAUGUGAUACGUAUUCGGUUACGACACGUUCUCAUUGCGCUCAAGCUACAAUACAAUAUGUACAAUAAUGUACAAUAUAAUGCGUAUUCUGGCGUGCAAUGAUGCACUUAAUAAUAACAAUUUAAUCAUUGCAGAAUCCGAUCAAAGCAUUAUUCUCACAAAUUAUAAAUUAACGUAUGACAAAAUCUUUAGUAAGUAAUCUUUAGUAAGUUUUGAUAAAAGCUUAUUGAAGACUCCUGGCAGGAGUACGUUUGUUAACUUAAUUUUAUUCACUUUUUGCCAAAAAUUCUCACUUAUGUAUCGGACAUUGAUACUUCGAACUGUUGCACGCGAUAGUAUGCAUUAUUGUACUUUGAUGAUUGCUAUUUUCAAUGUCGAUUUGGUGUUCAUUGUAGCGAUUUAUAUAUUUUUACCAUCGUAGAUGUAAAAAAAUUGAUCGAAAGGUUUAUCUUGAAAUAUUUUGCUUUUUCUCUUUCGAUAUAAGGGUUUAUGAAUCAAAAAUUGGAUCUUAAAGAAAUCGUCGAAAGAUUGAUUCAAUAUUUCAUCAAGUUGGUCGAAUAUUUGAAAUAUCCAUAAACAUCAUUUACGCGCGAAUGCGAUUGUGAGCACAUGCGCCUUAAAAGAUUGUAUAACAGUAUACAUUUGUAAUACAACCUUCGUAGCGGCUGAAUACUUAGAUUACCUUGCAAGACGGCGACAUAGAAACAGUAUUAACUAUAUUUUUGUAAAAUGUAAAAUUACAAAAAGCUAAAUAUUUAUUGAUAUACAUUUAUUAUAACCUAAUAUUAAUAUAUAUUAACAUGUAAUCAUUAAAAAAAAUUUAUUCUCCAAACGAUUUGUGCAAUAAACUACUGAGCAUUAAAAUUAUCAUUGAAAUCAUUACUACAAUCAUGAUCGCAUAGAAUUUCUGUUUAAUCGAUUACAGCUGUUUCUAUGUUGUCCCCUUGGUGUUGUACUGAUAUUACGUACAAUGUGAGUUGAGUAAAAUAUUAGAACACUAGAAACACGACACGGAUACAAUAAAAUACUUAUUUCACUCUCGAUCUGUAAAAAGUCGUGUGAGCGUGCUGCUUAGCAUGGAAAUGUACAUAAACCGUGAGGAGUGUCAAUAAAGUGUUGUUACACUUUUUAUUCAACGAAACGAUAAUGCAUAACACAGUUGAUUAGAGGAACCUCGUCGCGUCUUAUCAUGCAAAGCGCACUAUCGCGUCUCUUGCGGACACAAGAGCAACGACAAGAUAUUUAUUAAAGACCGACAGCCCCGUAUAAAAUUUCUAUCAGUAUCCAUUGAUCUACAUUUUGCAAGGAUAUUUACAGGAGUGGGAGGUUCGCAUUAACAAGUCGUGGUGAAUUUUUAUAUGUAUUUAUUAAACCCAUACUGUUGCAGUAUUCGUCAUAAAUAAGAAGUUCGCAGAUUAAAUAAAAACUACUACCGAGGACACUUUCUAAAGCAUUAAACUAAAGCUCGCCGCGAGCUAAUACUCCAGAAAAGUUUUACACAUUACAGUUUAAUUUAAUAAAUGAAGAUGCGUUUUUAAUGAACAUGUACUCGCACUCGCAAUAUAUAUGUAUUGGUAUACGCGCUGCCGAGGAAAAUCGAUUCGUCUUUUUGUUCCUACACUUUGCUAAGAAAGGCUUCGGCACGGGAUUCUUAUAAAACAAUGAUAAAAAUCCGAAAAAGUUAUUGGCACGACGUAAAUGCUUCCUAAAAUGAUUUGACAGAAAAAAUCCUGCAAGCACCGCAUUAAAUAUGGUAAGAGCAUCACGAGAAGCUAUAAAUGCAUGCAUAUCUUAUGUAUAAAAAA